AAUCUAUAAGAUCUAAACAAACCGCAGUGUUACUUCAUCAGAUUGGGUGCAAGACCUCUUGCAAGCUCAUAAAUGAUUCAUAAGCUGCCAUAUUUCAGUCUAACUCCUGUAAAGUCUGAGAUUUAAAGACUAACUCUUUUACUGCUUUUUUAUUACAGGCAAAGGCAUCAGAGCGUUGGUAAGUUUCAGCUUUGUUAUUUAUAUUAAUAGACUCAUAUGGGAUUUUAAAGUGCUUAUUUUCAUAUAGUCCCAAAUCUAUAUAAGACCUUGUAGGCAACAGAACAGACAGUUGGUUUUGAAAAGGAAUGGUAAACCAAGUUAAACCCAUUAAGUCCGACCACAUUUCCUGAUGUAAAACUAGAAUCCAUUUCUACGGCCUUCACAAACCUCAAAGACGGUCCGACAGACGGGUAGGAUGACCACAUAUUGGAAAAGCUGUCCAAAAUGCCAAACCAUCCUCAGAAUAGAGCAUAGCAUCACCUGUUUUAUUUUAACCAGUUGCCAUGCCAAAACCCUCCACUAUAUUUCUCUCUCCAUUCCAGCGUCUGCCCUGCCGGUGUCUAUGAUCUGCCCCUUCUGUUUCCAGUGGCGACAACUGGGCAAUCAUCACGUGCGUCUGCGGCCCAAGCGGAAGCCCACAGCGACGAUUAGAAGACUUCUGAAGAGGGAGUCGGCAGGAAAGAGGCUGAGCGCAGAACAGACUGUAGUCCUUCAAAAAUUUAAAAGAGCCUCCAAUGCUCUGAUGGCAACAUGUCACACCUGUAAUAAGAUGUCCAGACAACCUGGAAUGAAUCGGGAGCUUUUGACUACGUUGUCCAAGAACCGAAGUACCCCAGGAAGUGCAGGCAAACACAGAACUCCACAGUCAGCCAACAAGUCUACUCCAAAAUCUGCAAUAGACAGAACACCAAGUGGCACACCAAGGUCAGUAUCUUCAAACACCAGCUCGUCAUCAUCAAAGCACGGCAGUGCGAAGUCGUCGCCUUUCGCUCGCCUCAAAAAGAUCCUUAUGCUGGAAAACAAACAGCAGAGCAAGAAAGGUGGUCUGAAGGACUUCCUUUCAUCUCUCUGAAGACCUCAGGGCCGUUAAAAUGAAAGACUCUGGCCCACUUUGAGUGGAGCUGCUAAAAUUCAGAGCAGGAAACUUGAUGAGGAUGACGAUCACUCCUCCUUGUGUAUUACAAUGCCACCUAGCGGGGGGAGUCAUUAUGCUGGAUUGUAUUGAAGGAACAUCUCCUUUUCUUCUAUCAAGUGUCUGUUUCUGAAUCCUUGUGGACGAAUGGGGAAAAAGUCAUUUUGUAGGGGAGUGUAACUUGUGCUACAGAACCAUGCUGUGACUUUUUUUUUAUUUGCCAUUUAUUUUCAUGAUCCCACAUAUUGUUCAUUUUUGUAUAAGAAAGAUAACUUUUAUAUG